UUCUCUACGCAUCUCAUUCCAACAUUUCAAGUCUCCCCUCUCUCUCUCUCUGCUCCUCUCUUCCCCAUCUCUCUCAUUUGAGUGUGGUGAAUUACACAAUACGCAAAUAAAUCAUGCCUGCACCAGUAAUGACUCAUGAGAAUGUAGCAGCAUCCAUUCAAGGACCAGGAAUCAACCAUGUCAUGAACUCUCCUACACCAAGAAGGUUGGAAGGAAAAGUUGCGAUCAUCACCGGUGGUGCGAGGGGGAUUGGGGAAGCAACUGUAAGACUCUUUGUAAGACAAGGUGCAAAAGUAGUCAUUGCUGAUGUUGAAGAUGCUACUGGAAAUUCACUUGCAAAUUCUUUAGCACCUUCAGCUACAUUUGUACAUUGUGAUGUUACCAGAGAAGAAGAUAUCGAGAACCUGAUUGAUUCAACGAUAGCACAUUACGGGCGAUUGGAUAUACUUUUUAACAACGCUGGUAUUCUCGGAAACCAAUCGAAACGGAAAAGCAUUUUGAACUUUGACGCUGAUGAGUUCGACUCAGUUAUGCGUGUUAAUGUGCGAGGAACUGCAUUAGGUAUGAAACACGCUGCACGAGUUAUGAUACCCAGAGGAACCGGAUGUAUCAUCUCAACAGCCAGUGUGGCCGGAGUCAUGGGAGGACUUGGACCUCACGGAUAUACGGCUUCGAAGCAUGCCAUCGUCGGACUUACAAAGAAUACAGCUUGUGAAUUAGGAAGGUAUGGAAUUAGAGUUAACUGCAUUUCUCCAUUUGGUGUUGCAACUUCAAUGCUUGUUAAUGCAUGGAGGAAAGUUGAAGAUGAAGAUGAGGAGGAUUGUAUGGAUUUCGGAGGACCUUCUGAGAAAGAAGUUGAGAAAACGGAGGAGUUUGUACGUGGUUUAGCAGAUCUUAAAGGAACAACCCUUAAAUCAAGAGAUAUUGCUGAGGCUGCUUUGUUUCUUGCUAGUGAUGAAUCAAGAUAUGUAAGUGGUCAUAAUUUGGUUGUGGACGGAGGAGUUACUACUUCAAGAAACUGUGUGGGAUUGUAGUACAUAUUCAUCAUUGACUAAUAAUAUUUGCUGAUUAAAAAAUAUGAUUUGUUUGUGUAAUAAUUUAGAGUUAUCAAUUAAUUUCUGUUUGACCAUGUUGGGUUGUAACAAUGUCUUGUUACUUGUUAGGCAUAAUUAUCAGCCAAUGCUAAUUCAUUUUGCAUUUUAAGUUCUUGUUA